UUCUUCAGUAUGAGUAACAGUGAAGCGAAAGAUUACAUUUCCAAAAGGCAAAUCCCUCUGCUGUUCGAGAGUAUGUUGACAGGUCUCAUGUACCACCGGCCCGACGAGCCCCUGGGGUAUCUGGAGAGCUGUCUGCAGAAGGUACGAGAAAUUGGGGGCCUGGAGAAAGUCCGGUGGGACACCUUCAUCGUUCAGGAGAAACGGGCACUACCACCUGUCAGUGGGAGCGAGGGCAAGAGAUCCAUUUAUCGGAGCGCUUUCUCUGAGAGUCACAGCCUCAGUCACUGUCGAUACGACCGCCUCCCUCCCAUCCACCAGUUCUCCAUUGAGAGCGACACCGACCUGUCCGAGACAGAUGAGCUCAUCGAGGAAUACAUGGUGUUUGACCCAUCCAGACCCCGGCCAAAGGUCAUCCUGGUUAUCGGUGGUCCAGCCUGUGGUAAGGGUACCCAGAGUGUGAAGUUGGCAGAGUGUUAUGGCUUUGUCUCCAUCUCCGUGGGCGAGCUGCUGCGGGAGAAGAUGCUCCACAACGCCAGCACCAACCGGAAAUGGGGUCUGAUUGCCAAGAUCAUCACCAACGGAGAGCUGGCUCCUCAGGAGACCACGAUAACGGAGAUUAAGCAGCAGCUGAUGCAGCAGCCCGGGGCUCCGGGAUUUGUCAUUGAUGGAUUCCCCCGGGAAGUGUCACAGGCAAUCAGCUUCGAUGAUCAGAUCUGUGUUCCAGACCUGGUGAUCUACCUGUCGUGUGCGGUGUGCCAGCUGAAGGAGCGCCUGGAGAAGCGGGCUGAGGAGGGUCGGCCCGAUAACAACCCGAAGGCCAUUCACCGGCGCCUGGUCACCUUCAAACAAAACAUCGUGCCCCUGGUCCAAUAUUACCAGGAGAGGAAGCUCAUCGUGACGUUUGAUGGGGACAGACCUGAGGACGAGGUGUUUGAUGAAAUCCGAGCGACUGUUGAUGGAAAACUCUCGCCCAGUGACCAGCCGGUGCCGGGCACCAGUCGCUCGGGGGAUAUUCGCCCCAAAACAGAGGGACAGGUUCCUGCUGCUGCUGCUUCAGCUGAGAAUCGCCUACAAGAAAAGCUGAAAGUCACCAAAAUUAUCUUCGUAAUUGGGGGUCCGGGCUCUGGGAAAGGUAGUCAGUGUGAGAAGAUGAUGGAGAAAUAUGGCUUCACGCAUUUGUCGACCGGAAACCUCCUGCGGAAGGAGAUCAGCAACGAAACCGAGCGAGGAAACAAGAUCAAGAAGAUCAUGCUUGAGGGAGGCCUUGUGCCAUUGGGAACGACCCUGGAGAUUCUGAAAGACGCCAUGUUGGAAAACCUGCAGGAUACCAAAGGCUUCAUGAUUGACGGGUACCCUCGAACUCUAAAACAGGCUGAAGCCUUUGAUAAAUCUUUUACACUUCCCACUGUUGUGUUGCUCAUUGACUGCAGCCCUGAGAUCAUGAAGGAACGGCUGAUUAACCGUGGUCAGACCAGUGAUCGGUUUGAUGACAAUGAGGUGACAAUAACCAAGCGGGUGGAAUCUUACUUUGUCGACUCUGUACCUGUUGUGAAACAUUAUGAGACGAAAGGACUCCUGAAAAAGAUCCCAGGAGAAGGAACAGAGGAUGAAGUUUUCGAGAGUGUCAGUGGAGUUAUUGAUGAACUUUAACAAGGCUAAGGCUGGAGUUGGAAAUCCCCCCCAACAGGGAGUGCCCUGGGAUCAGAUUACCCACAGUUUGCAUCGAGUUUUGUUUUCGUGGCUGCUUCUGAGGAUUUACCAGGAUCAACAGCACCAAUAAAAUGAGAGUUAAAAACUCCUGGAUACCAUUCACCCACAGCCCUUUACAAAAUGAAUGUUCUA